AUGUCACGGAUAGUUUGGGAUGCUAAACACCAAGGGUUAAAAAGCGAACACCUGACGAAAUUUCAGUGGCACGAUAGGAGUCGGGGGCGUUUUUCAGAUGGGUUUUCCAAUUUUGGCAUGGAAUUACAGAUUGGACGCCAAGAAUUCGACAUAUUUGCCCGCAUAGUUUAUGUAAAGAUCAGAACAGAUGACCUCAGACACAGAGCGGAAAGUGGUAUUCUAUCGCCAAUAUCUCAAGACGGUUCAAUCGCCGAGAAAUACCUACAGGAAAUCAUCUUAAUGCGUCAAUUCCUCCGCUCUGGCUGGAAUGACAUCAGCAACGAACGCAUUGAACCGUGGGGAAGAUACCGCCUGGGUGGUCCGAAGUCUGUUUGCCCAACCCAACUCCACCAGGAAGAGGGGAAACCCUUGUGCCCAAAAUAUCCUGCUGUGAGAAUUCGGAAACGUCCGGUCUUGUCAAAAACGAGUGGCGGAAGGGAUUGGGAGGAAGGGGAGUUGCAAGCCUCUUCUAAAUCGAUCCACACCUGA